GCGGGCUUUAGGACCUCGCGAGGCACGGAGAGCUGGGGAAAGGGUCGGGGGAGGUCGGGAGCGCGUCCGUGAGCCCGGAGCGGCGGCCGCGUCGGUGGCGUCGGGAGCGAGCGGGCCCGGGAGCGGCGCGGGUGGUGGAGGAGGAGCCCGGGGCUCGAUUCUCUAACCAUGGCACAGGUAGAGAAACGAGGAGGUUUGCUCCGGAAAUCUUCAGCUUCCAAAAAACCACUGAAGGAAAAAGUGGUGCUGAUGUAUGAUGAGAUCUUCAUGACCGAGGACCCAAGUAAGUGCAGUCCUCGAUUUUGGGAGGAACUCUUCCUCAUGAAGGUGAAUUUAGAGUACCUAGAAGGCAAGCUGGAAUCUCUUGAUGGUGAGGAGUUAAUGAAGAUCAAGGACAAUAUUAAUUGCUUAUUUCAACAUUGCAUCCAGGCUCUGGGAGAGGAACAUCCAAUUCGAGUGGUCAAUGCAUUGCAGACAUUGUGUGCACUCAUUCGAGGAGUCCAUCAAAAGAAUAAGUCUACCUCUGGGUUUGACAUUAUCAACAUGCUGAUGGGCUUUGACAAGGCGGAGCUGUGCAUGAAGAACUUGAUGGAGAGUUUGGACUCAUUGCUUUGUGCAGAAGGCUCUGAAAGUCUGAAGAGUUUAUGUCUGAAACUUCUCCUCUGCUUAGUGACUGUAACCGAUAACAUCAGCCAGAACACUAUCCUGGAGUAUGUAAUGAUCAACAGCAUAUUUGAAGCAAUUUUGCAGAUACUCUCCCACCCCCCAAGUCGUAGGGAACAUGGCUAUGAUGCUGUAGUCCUCUUGGCUUUGCUGGUGAACUACAGAAAAUAUGAGUCUGUGAAUCCUUAUAUUGUGAAGCUAUCUAUUGUGGAUGAUGAAGCCACACUCAAUGGAAUGGGGCUUGUGAUUGCUCAGGCUUUAUCUGAGUACAACAGGCAGUAUAAAGACAAGGAAGAAGAACACCAGAGUGGUUUUUUCUCUGCUUUAACAAAUAUGGUAGGCAGCAUGUUCAUAGCAGAUGCCCAUGAGAAAAUCUCAGUACAAACAAAUGAGGCCAUCCUUCUGGCACUUUAUGAAGCUGUUCAUUUAAAUCGCAACUUCAUCACGGUAUUAGCCCAGAGUCAUCCAGAAAUGGGCUUGGUGACAACCCCUGUCAGUCCUGCUCCAACAACCCCAGCCACACCACUUGGGACCACACCACCCUCCUCUGAUGUUAUAAGUUCUGUGGAACUCCCUCUAGAUGCAGAUGUGCAGACCAGUAAUCUCCUGAUCACCUUCUUAAAGUAUAGCUCGAUUGUCAUGCAGGACACCAAAGAUGAGCACCGACUUCACAGUGGCAAACUCUGUCUGAUUAUCCUUACGUGUAUUGCAGAGGAUCAAUAUGCCAAUGCAUUUUUGCAUGACGACAACAUGAAUUUUCGCGUAAAUUUACAUAGAAUGCCUAUGAGACACAGGAAGAAGGCAGCAGACAAGAAUCUUCCCUGCCGUCCUUUAGUAUGUGCGGUACUCGACCUGAUGGUAGAGUUUAUUGUAACACACAUGAUGAAGGAGUUUCCUAUGGAUCUCUAUGUGCGCUGCAUUCAGGUAGUACAUAAACUACUUUGCUACCAGAAGAAGUGUAGAGUACGUCUGCAUUAUACCUGGCGGGAACUCUGGUCAGCCUUGAUAAAUUUGCUGAAGUUCCUUAUGUCAAACGAGACUGUACUUUUGGCCAAACACAACAUUUUUACAUUAGCUCUUAUGAUUGUGAACCUAUUUAAUAUGUUCAUCACGUAUGGCGAUACAUUCCUGCCCACCCCCAGCAGCUAUGAUGAACUCUACUAUGAGAUUAUCCGCAUGCAUCAGAGCUUUGACAACCUCUACUCCAUGGUCCUGAGGCUUUCUACCAAUGCAGGCCAGUGGAAAGAAGCAGCUAGCAAGGUGACCCACGCGUUGGUUAAUAUCAGAGCCAUCAUCAACCACUUUAACCCCAAAAUUGAAUCCUAUGCUGCUGUGAAUCACAUAUCCCAAUUGUCGGAGGAACAGGUGCUAGAGGUGGUGCGAGCCAACUAUGACACGCUCACAUUGAAGCUGCAGGAUGGCCUGGACCAGUAUGAGCGCUACUCAGAGCAGCACAAGGAAGCUGCCUUCUUCAAAGAGCUGGUUCGAUCCAUUAGCACCAAUGUCCGGAGGAACCUGGCCUUCCACACACUCAGCCAGGAAGUCCUGCUCAAGGAGUUCUCCACUAUCUCCUGAGGCCACGCAUACCUGAGCAGCCACUGACCGCCCUUACCCAUCUGGGCUGGAGAGGGAGCGAGGGGAGAGGGCCUGUUUCCAAGGUUGGAGAAAAACACAGAUACCGAGUUCUCUCGGUGAAGGCCGUACUUCAGUGGAGCUUGGACAGCAGGGGCCAGGAUGGGCAAACCAAGGAUAAUCUUAUUUAGGGAGGGGAUGGGUGGGCACAGGGAGAAGCCUUCAAAAAUGUGGGGACUUCCAGGGUGGGCUGCUUGAAUAGCUCCUCACAUUUCCAAUUGAGAGUACAAGUUGUGGCUACUGACUAAUUUUCAGGAGCUGUUGGGGCAAGCCUUAGGUUGAUGCCGACACCCUAGGGAUCAGUGGCUCUCCUAGGCUUCUGAAAACAGACUAACUCUCAAAUGUAGGUGGAGCCAAUUCUGCUUCCUUUGAGCUGAGCUGGGCCUGAAAUCUGUGUCCCCUGCCCUCCCUGGCACUUUGUCCAGUCAUUAGGGCCUUUCGCUCAGGCUUAGGGGGAGGUAGGAAUGGGAUACCUUUUUUCUAAAUCCAGAGCUGACUCCUCUGGGAGAGUGGAGAUUAGAAUCUGCCCAGUGCUCUGCUGUCCAGCUACCACUUUCUGGAUUAGAUUCUUGGCACCAGGAGUACCUGUUAGCUUUCCCCUGCCUUCCAACCCAUUGACUCGUCAGCACUACAGGGUCACAACCUUAGCUUUUUAUUUUCAAUCUGAUUUAAACUGUCUUAGAGUAUGUGUGUGAAAUAAACAUUGAUAGGUUUUCUGGAGCCCUCAGGUGCCUACUUUGCUGGUUCGCUUUCCAGCAGCUUCCCCACCUCCUUAACCACCCCCUCCUCUGGGAGCCUCUCCUGCCUCUGCUGAGCUCCCCUCCACGUGUUCCACCCCCUCACCCGGCUGUUGUUUACAUCCAGCCUGCCUGAGAAUUUCCUCUGGGGAGGAAUCUGUUCCUGCUGUGGUCUGGUGCCUGGGAGGGAGAGAACUUGCUGGGGCCAGGCUCUGAAUCAGGCCAGGUGAGCAUCCUGGAGAGGCCAUUCUGUCUACCCAUAUUCUGGGUGGAACCACAAGCAGUUCUCCUGACCUUUGGGAAGUUGGCUUAUGGUUCCUCAUCUGGACAGCCUCCAUGGGACUACUGUAGGCUUUCCCUGCCCUACAGCUGCCUUCAAAGUAGCUGCUACUCUGAAAUCCUCCCUUUCCAAAGCACUUUCUAAAGCCCUUAGGAUGGCAGCCAGCAAGCAGCACAGAAAGAAUCUGGGAGUAGGUGCAGGAAUCCAGCAAAAAGAGCAGGUUUGGGACCUCCCCAGCUUCUAUUCUACUGGACUUAGAUCUCUUUUGGAUACAUGCUCUCCCUGGGAACCAGAGUUCUGGCUCCAGCAUUCAACAGAUAGGUACUAUUUCCAGAGAAUCCACCAACAUGCUGCCAGGUACAGUUGUAGACUCUUACGAGAUCAGAAGCUGGGUCAUCUCUGAUCACUAGAUGCCUGAGACAUUUAGUGUUUUCCAUUGAUAAACCCCAGAGGAGCAGGAGCUGGAAGCUGGUGGCAAAUUGGAGUUAUUAAAAAUUGAUUUGUAUGGGA